AUGAAGAACAACAGCAAAGGAAGCAACAGCAGCAAGAACACUACAAGCACCAGUCAUGGCUUCCUUCCUAACUCUUUGAAAUUCAUUUCGUCUUGUAUCAAAACUGCUUCCUCCGGUGUCCGCUCAGCUAGCACAUCGGUUGCCGCCUCAAUCUCCCGCGACAAUCUAGGCGGGGAUAGGGACCAGGUCCUCUGGGCCUCAUUUGAUAAGCUACAACUUAGUCCGUCCUGCUUCCGAAAUGUGCUCUUACUUGGGUACUCCAAUGGCUUCCAAGUGAUUGAUCUUGAAGAUGCUUCUGGUGUGACUGAGCUUGUUUCAAGACGGGAUGAUCUGGUCACAUUUCUACGUAUGCAGCCACUCCCUGCUAAGGCUGAGGGUUGUGAAGGAUAUAGAGCUGCACAUCCUUUGCUCUUAGUAGUUGCUUGCGACGAAACUAAAAGCCCAGCAAUUGUUAUCAAUGGGAGAGAUGAAUUGGGCAGAGAUGGAUUCAAUGAGAAUCAUGCUGGAGGAUUUGCACUUUCUCCAACUGUUGUUCGUUUUUACUCUCUGAAAUCGCACAACUAUGUUCAUGUUCUAAGGUUCCGUUCUCCGGUAUUUAUGGUAAGAUGCAGCCCUCAGAUAGUGGCUGUGGGUCUGGCUACACAGAUAUACUGCUUUGAUGCUCUCACUCUAGAGAACAAGUUAAGCGUGCUCACCUAUCCUGUUCCUCAAUUGGGCAUCCAAGGAGGGAUUGGGGCGAACACUGGAUAUGGGCCAAUGGCAGUGGGUCCAAGGUGGUUAGCUUAUGCUUCUGACAAUCCAUUGCUAUCAAACACUGGGCGCUUAAGUCCACAAAGUCUUACACCUCCCAUGGGUGUAAGUCCAUCAACUUCACCUGGCAGCGGCAAUCUAGUGGCUCGUUAUGCCAUGGAAUCGAGUAAGCAGUUAGCUACUGGAUUGAUGAGUUUAGGUGACAUGGGCUACAAGACUUUGUCUCGAUACUGUCAAGAUUUCAUCGCUGAUGGUUCUGGUUCACCUGUCUCUCCAAAUUCUUGUUGGAAAGUCGGACGAGUUGCAGCUCAUUCUGCAGAUGCUGAUACUGCUGGAAUGGUUGUUGUGAAAGAUUUCAUAUCCAGAGCUGUGAUUUCACACUUUAGAGCUCAUACAAGUCCCAUUUCUGCUCUAUGCUUUGAUCCAAGUGGUACGCUUUUGGUUACUGCAUCAAUUCAUGGGAACAACAUUAAUAUUUUCCGGAUCAUGCCAUCCUCUGUUCACGGUGGUUCUGGUGCAAAGAAUUACAAUUGGAGCUCUUCUCACGUGCACCUUUACAAGCUUCAUCGGGGCAUAACAUCUGCGGUGAUCCAGGAUAUAUGCUUUAGCAGUUAUAGUCAGUGGGUUGCCAUAAUUUCAUCUAGGGGAACCUGCCACAUAUUUGCACUUUCACCAUUUGGUGGCGAGAGUGUUCUCCAAAUGAAGAACUCUGAAGUAGAUGGGCCCAUCCUAUUACCGGUGUUUUCUCUACCAUGGUGGUCCACUCCCUCAUUCCUGGUGAACCAACAAUCCGUUUCUGCAUCCCCACCAUCGUCUGUUACUCUCUCUGUGGUGGCCCGAAUAAAGAAUACCCAUUCUGGCUGGCUUAGCACAGUUAGCAAUGCGGCAUCAUCUGCUGCAGGAAAAGCGUCAAUACCAUCUGGUGCUAUUGCUGCUGUCUUCCACAAUUGUGUGCCGCAAGAUUCCCAACCUUCUCAUUUGAGAAAAGUAGAUGCCAUGGAGCACCUUUUAGCUUAUACGCCAUGUGGACAUGUGGUUCAAUACAAGUUGGUGUCGUCACUUGGUGCAGAACCUAGUGAAGCUACUCAAAGAAUCGGACCGGGUUCCUCACUUCAGACUGCAGAUGAGGAACUACACAUGAAAACUGAAUCUGUUCAAUGGUGGGAUGUUUGUAGAAGAGCAGAUUGGCCGGAAAGAGAGGAGCAUAUCACUGGCCUUACUCACAGCAGACAAGAAAAUUUAGAUAUGGCAAUGGAUACUUCUGACUGUGAAGAUAAUGAGGCACGAAAAGUUGGCGCUUCUGAUGUGGACAUAAUGAAAUCACAUGAGCAGUCUCACUUGUAUCUUGCAAAUGCUGAAGUCCAGAUGAGCCCCUGGAGAACACCGCUCUGGCAGAAAUCCAAGGUGUAUUUCUAUGCAAUGAGUGGGAUUGAAGGUGACAAGCAGAAUGUUGCUGAAGAUCACUCCGGUGGAGAGAUUGCUAUAGAAAAGGUUCAAGUCCAAGAAGUUGAAAUCAGGCGGAAGGAUUUGUUACCUGUUUUUGACCACUUUCACAGGGUUGCUGAUUGGAGUGACCGGGAACUGCGAAGGGAAAUAUCUGCUCUGUCUACUGGGUCUGCUGCAGCUUUCCAGCCGAAGAUGUUUCCAUCCAGUUCUGCUGCAAACUCAAAUGGAGGGUCAUCAACAAAAUUGUAUAUAUCUGCUCAACAUAAUCCUGGCAAAUUCGGAGGGAUUUCGGGUUUCGCUUAUCGAAGCCCAAGUAGCAAUAAUUGUGGUUUGCUUUCUUUUAAGCCUACUCCAAUGAGUAUCUCUCCUGCUGAAGAAGAUAGUAAUAACUCUGUGCAUAGUGAUGUAGUAUCUUUAACCCAUGGCUCGCCUUCUCCCGAAAGAAAUAUGGGAAAUGAAGGCCGGUCAACAAAUAGUGUUCUGACCAGUGAAUCUUCAAAUGCAAGCUCCAGACGUUCUGAUUUGAGUGCAAAUAUUAUAGACGAGGGGAUGAUGGUGAAUGAGUCUCCAGAUUUCGAACAGCUUUUCCAGGAGGGCUACUGUAAAGUUGCUGCCCUUUCUGAAUGCUGCGAAUCGGAGAAGAGCAAAGUCGUCAGUCCAUUGGAUAACAAUGCCAGUCCUCAAGGAUUGGAGAAGCCUGAUGAUGACGAUGAUGAUGACAUGCUCGGAGGUGUCUUUGCUUUCUCAGAGGAAGGUAAUUUCCAUACUGAAUGUGCAAUCAUGACCAGUUUGAGUGCGUAUUGCAUGAGUAGCUUUGUGAAAGCAUGA